AGUGCCCAGCCGGCUGGGAGAAGAUGCCAAAAUGGCCACCGGCAACUACUUUGGAUUCACCCAUAGCGGGGCUGCUGCCCAGUACAGCCAGCAGCCAGCUUCGGGGGUAGCCUAUUCCCAUCCGACCACAGUUGCCAGCUACACUGUCCACCAGGCCCCCGUCGCUGCGCACACCGUCACUGCGGCCUACGCUCCCGCGGCGGCGACAGUUGCAGUCGCCCGGCCUGCGCCGGUAGCUGUUGCAGCUGCUGCAACAGCUGCUGCCUACGGAGGUUACCCUACAGCACACACAGCUACAGAUUAUGGUUAUACGCAGCGGCAACAAGAAGCUCCCCCACCACCGCCUCCUGUCACUACACAGAAUUACCAGGAUUCCUAUUCGUAUGUUCGAUCUACUGCCCCAGCUGUAGCUUAUGACAGCAAACAGUACUAUCAACAGCCAACAGCAACUGCUGCGGCCGUGGCCGCUGCCGCCCAGCCGCAGCCUUCCGUAGCCGAAUCCUACUACCAGACAGCUCCAAAAGCAGGAUAUAGCCAAGGGGCGACUCAGUAUACUCAAGCCCAGCAAACACGGCAAGUGACAGCUAUAAAACCUGCGACUCCAAGUCCGGCUACAACUACAUUUUCUAUUUAUCCAGUAUCCUCUACUGURCAGCCAGUAGCAGCUGCAGCUACUGUUGUUCCAUCCUAUACUCAAAGUGCAACGUACAGUACAACAGCAGUUACUUACUCUGGUACCUCUUAUUCCGGCUAUGAAGCUGCAGUCUAUUCGGCUGCAUCAUCCUAUUACCAGCAGCAGCAGCAACAACAGAAACAGGCGGCRGCAGCAGCUGCUGCUGCUGCUGCAACAGCCGCUUGGACAGGGACCACCUUUACUAAAAAGGCACCAUUCCAAAAUAAGCAACUGAAACCAAAACAACCUCCCAAACCACCCCAGAUCCACUACUGUGAUGUUUGUAAGAUCAGCUGUGCUGGACCACAGACUUAUAAAGAACACUUGGAAGGCCAGAAACACAAAAAGAAAGAAGCGGCAUUAAAAGCUUCCCAGAACACCAAUAACAGCAGCACUUCUGCUCGAGGAACUCAGAAUCAGUUGCGCUGUGAACUUUGUGACGUGUCUUGUACAGGAGCAGAUGCUUAUGCUGCCCAUAUCCGUGGAGCCAAGCAUCAGAAAGUAGUAAAAUUGCACACAAAACUUGGCAAACCCAUUCCUUCAACAGAACCAAAUGUAGUUACCCAGGCUACUUCCUCAACAUCUACAUCUGCUUCCAAACCAACUGCCUCUGCUUCAAGUAUAACAACUAGCAGCAGUACUGUGAACUCCUCUGUGGCAUCCUCUGCGGUGAAAAUUCUUACUCCCACGACAAACACACCACUUAACACAGCGUCCAACAACAAAACAACUUCAACUGCUGCUAAUAUACCUGUAAAGAAAAUAUCUACACCGAAAAUAAACUUUGUUGGUGGUAAUAAACUUCAGACAACAGGAAGUAAACUGGAAGAAAUGAAAUCARCUGAGACUGUUAAAGCAGCUCCCGCUGCUGCCGUGCAAACGCAGGAAGCAAAGCCAGAGACAGCGUCUGAACCAGUGACUCCCACAACUCUGGCUGCCUUGCAGAGUGAUGUCCAGCCAGUAGGCCAUGACUAUGUAGAGGAGGUACGAAAUGAUGAAGGAAAGGUGAUCCGCUUCCACUGCAAACUUUGUGAAUGCAGUUUUAAUGAUCCUAAUGCCAAGGAGAUGCAUUUAAAAGGGAGGCGGCACAGACUGCAGUAUAAAAAAAAAGUAAACCCAGAUUUACAAGUAGAAGUAAAGCCCAGUAUUCGAGCAAGGAAAAUUCAAGAAGAGAAAAUGAGGAAACAGAUGCAGAAAGAAGAAUACUGGCGAAGGCGAGAAGAGGAGGAACGCUGGCGGAUGGAGAUGAGGCGUUAUGAAGAGGACAUGUACUGGAGGAGAAUGGAGGAGGAGCAGCAUCACUGGGAUGACCGUCGCAGAAUGCCCGAUGGAGGAUAUCCUCAUGGUCCUCCGGGCCCUCUGGGCCUGCUGGGCGUUAGACCCGGAAUGCCUCCUCAGCCCCAAGGACCAGCUCCUCUACGCCGGCCAGACUCCUCUGAUGACCGCUACGUGAUGACCAAGCACGCAGCAAUAUAUCCAACAGAGGAGGAACUUCAAGCAGUCCAAAAAAUUGUUUCUAUUACUGAGCGUGCUUUGAAACUCGUUUCUGACAACAUGACUGACCAUGAAAAAAGCAAGAACAAAGAGGGAGAUGAUAAGAAAGAUGGCAGUAAAGACAGAGCUUUGAAAGGAGUUUUACGGGUAGGCGUUCUGGCUAAAGGGUUGCUGCUCCGUGGAGACCGCAACGUCAAUCUUGUUUUGCUGUGUGCUGAGAAGCCUUCAAAGACRUUACUCAGCCGUAUUGCGGAAAGUCUUCCCAAACAACUUGCAGUAAUAAGUCCUGAGAAAUAUGAUAUCAAGUGUGCGGUACCAGAAGCAGCAAUAAUUCUAAAUUCAUGUGUGGAACCCAAAAUGCAAGUUACUAUCACACUGACGUCUCCAGUCAUUCGGGAGGAGAACAUGAGGGAUGGAGAUGUAACCUCGGGUAUGGUGAAAGACCCACCGGACGUCUUGGACAGGCAAAAAUGCCUUGACGCUCUGGCUGCUCUACGCCACGCUAAGUGGUUCCAGGCUAGAGCUAACGGUCUGCAGUCCUGUGUGAUUAUCAUACGUAUUCUUCGUGACCUCUGUCAGCGAGUUCCAACUUGGUCUGAUUUUCCAAGCUGGGCGAUGGAGCUGCUUGUGGAGAAGGCAAUCAGCAGCGCUACCGGGCCACAGAGUCCUGGGGAUGCACUGAGAAGAGUUUUUGAGUGUAUAUCUUCAGGAAUUAUCCUUAAAGGUGGUCCUGGCCUUCUGGAUCCAUGUGAGAAAGAUCCUUUUGAUACACUUGCUGUCAUGACAGAUCAACAACGAGAGGAUAUUACUUCGAGUGCACAGUUUGCACUGCGACUCCUUGCAUUCCGUCAAAUACACAAAGUUUUGGGAAUGGAUCCAUUACCGCAGAUGAAUCAACGCUUCAACAUCCAUAACAAUCGUAAAAGGAGAAGGGACAGUGAUGGGUUGAUGGAUUUGAAGCCGAGGGGAAAAAAGAUAAAAAAGAUUAUGAUAAUUUCUAAAAAUGUUAGUCAUCAGUGCUAAAAUUGAAGGCGAUAAAAGUCCAUUUG